AUGGGCAGCAGAUCAUCACUAGUCGUCGACGGCGUCUACUAUUUGGUCCAUCCACAAUCACUUCUCCAGAUCGCAGAGCCAACCGGCCUCGAACCGAUACCUGUUGUCCUCCUUCCGAUUGGCGACUCAAUAUCCUCAGUAAACGAUGCCUUGCGGCUCAUCAAUCGCUUUGCCGAUAUUGACGAUGUCUACUCUCCGUCAUUCGCCCGUGCCGCUGUUACUCGGUCCAGUACUGAAAGAGGUUUCGUAGAGGUGCUCAAAAAGUUUGAAGCUUCGGGCCACUUCUCCGCCGUCUAUCAUGCGUCCCCAGGCUCCUCACAGGGCUAUCUUUCUCCAGGUCCAUACUUCCUCUGCCUUGAUGGAAUUCACCAAGCAUAUCGCCUAUAUGAGGACACUCUGGACAGUUUUAUUUUCGGAGUCAUCCCGGAUGAUGUAUUGAUACCAAAAGGUUUGAUCAAAUCUGUACUGCUUCAGUAUAUCCCUCUCAAUCUGCUCAGCCGAAAUGGACUGUGGAAGAGAAUCGCCGUCCCAAGUUGUCUCUACUCUGUUAGAACCCCCACAACCCCUCUUGCUGGUGCGCGGAUGGGCAUCAAAGAUAUCUUCCGCCUUGAAGGUACUCAGACGACCCUGAUGAGCAGGCCGUGGAUUGAGCUUUAUGGAGCGGAUGAGCAGAGCGCCGACUACACCAACAAACUCAUAAAGUUGGGCGCAGUGAUCGUGGGCAAAACCAAGAUGACUUCUUUCGCAUCCCCCGAAGAACCAACAGACCAGUGGGUUGACUUCCAUUGCCCCGUCAAUCCUCGCGGAGAUGGCUACCAGAGCCCUUCUAGCGGCUCCACGGGAGCUGCAACCUCUCUAGCGGGCUAUGACUGGCUCGACUUCUCCAUUGCGGGAGACUCUGCUGGCAGUGUCAGGGCACCAGCGCCUUGCAACGGCCUGUUCUCCCUUCGACCCAGCUUCGGCUCUACAUCGAUGAAUGGAAUACCAGUCAACUCACCUGCUUUUGAUACUGUCGCCAUUUUGGUCGCAGCUUGGACGAUCUUCACUUUAUUGUGUCGCACACCUUUGAGAAUAUUCACCAAGCAGGCUCUGACAGAUGAGUUUGUCAAAAUACUUGAAGACUUUCUGGGUGUCAAGAGAACCCCCUUCAGCUUUGUCAAGGAAUGGGAGAAGAAUCCUCCUCGAGGGGCCGGAAGCCUGCCAUUGCUGAAGUACACUGAAAAAAGCGCUUUCUGGUCAUUGUGCUAUGACUACUAUCACGGAUUCGACAGCUUCCGUGAUGAAUAUAGCGCCAAAGAUGUUGGAAAAGAUGUUACCUCCCAGGAGUACGCAACUUACAUGAAACAACUCGAGGUUUUCAGAAGCUGGUUCACUGAGAACGUCAUGGGCCCUGAUUCAAAGACCCUUUCUAACGCCAUACUCAUCAUGCCCUACGGAGAACCACAUCCAGAGUACCGCGAUGAAGCAAACCCUCCUGCUGGGACCUUCCCUACGGUCGCAGAGAAGUUCAUCUCGCCUAUCCUGCAUGCUCCUCAACUCGUACUGCCAUUUGCUCAGAUGCCGUACCUGUCAAAGGUCAGUGGAAGACUCGAGAUGCGGCCCAUUGCUAGCACUGUGAUAGGAGCUAAAGGGAGCGAUCUCAUGCUCAUCAAACUUGCCACUGAGGCGCUCAAAAAGGCUGGAUGGCCUACGAGCAUCCAGACAGGUCGCUAUAUGUAUCCUGUUGCUGAUAAUGCGAGGAAUGCUGGUUCAGAGUCUGGUGAGAGUCUUGCAGCGUAUGAGAUGAGACAGAAAGCUGUGCAAGAGCUUCAGAGAGAGUUCGAAGAAAAGAGCAGUGAUUUUAUUUGCAAUGCCAUGUAA